AUGUCUUGCCUCGCCCGAUACCUACGCCCCGCCCCGGCGGCCCGGCUGCUGCCCACCGCCACGGCGCUCCGGGAUCUCCGUCGCCGAUACUCGACGCCCGCGAGCGGCGCGCUGCCCCUGCAGGGCUAUCGAGUGCUCGACAUGACCCGUGUGCUGGCUGGUCCCUACUGUACGCAAAUCCUGGGCGAUCUCGGGGCAGAGGUCAUCAAGAUUGAACACCCCGUCCGCGGAGACGACACCAGGGCCUGGGGACCUCCGUACGCAGAGUACAAGCCGGAUUCCACCGCGCAGGGCCCCGGCGAGUCGGCCUACUUUCUCGGGGCCAAUCGCAACAAAAAAUCCCUCGGCCUCUCCUUUCAGCACAAGCAAGGCGUCGACAUUCUCCACAAGCUCGUCGCCAAGUGCGACAUUGUCGUCGAAAACUACCUCCCGGGGACACUCAAAAAGUACUCCCUGGACUACGAGACGCUCCGCGCCAUCAACCCGAGCCUGAUUUAUGCCUCCAUCACCGGCUACGGCCAGACGGGGCCCUACUCCAACCGCGCUGGCUACGACGUCAUGGUCGAGGCCGAGUUCGGCCUCAUGCACAUCACUGGCUCCCGCGACGGCCCUCCCGUCAAGGUUGGCGUGGCCGUGACUGAUCUCACCACCGGCCUCUACACCAGCAACAGCAUCAUGGCCGCCUUGCUGGGCAGGGCCAGAACCGGCAAGGGCCAGCAAAUUGACGUGGCCUUGAGCGACUGCCAGACUGCCACCCUGGCCAACAUUGCCAGCAGCUGCUUGGUCAGUGGCAAGCGAGACUCGGGUAGAUGGGGCACGGCGCAUCCAUCCAUUGUGCCUUAUCGGUCUUUCAAGACCAAAGACGGGGACAUCCUCUUUGGCGGCGGCAAUGACCGUCUGUUUGGCGUCUUGUGCGACGGGCUCGGCCGGCCGGAGUGGAAAGACGACGCCAAGUUCAAGACAAACGCCGACAGGGUGGCCAACCGCGCGGACCUCGAGGCCGAGAUCGAGGCCCUCUCGCAACAAAAGACGACACAGGAGUGGCUCGAGGUGUUCGAGGGCAGCGGCAUGCCGUACGCGGCCGUCAACGACGUCCAGGACACGCUGAACCACGAGCACACGAGGGCGCGCAACAUGGUGGUCGAGAUGGAGCAUCAAGCCUGCGGGCCCAUCAAAAUGGUCAACACGCCCGUCAAGUUCUCCGAGAGCCAGCCCACAAUCCGCGCCGUGCCGCCCAUGCUGGGCCAGCACACGGACGAGCUGCUGAGCGAGCACCUGGGUCUGGGCGAGUCGGAGAUUGCCAGGCUGAGGCAGGAUGGAGUUGUUAGAUAA